AUGUGCUGUCUUCCCCAUGUCUCCUGUCGUUCCCUCCGUCGAGUGGCUGCAGCGGUCAUUGUGGUUCUGUUCCCCGUAGCGGAAAGUGGGGCGCUGCCCAAGACCAACUCCCCCGAACGAAGGUUAUGGCAGGAGCUGCCCCCUGGGUAUGUUGAGGGGGAAGUCGUGGACAUGCAUUUCGAUGGCAUGCUGGUGUUGUUGUCAGCCUUUGUCUCGCUUAUAGGCGCGUUCGCAGCGCUAACAACCUCAGCAUACUUGCGAUUGGUGCAAAGCACGAAGUGGUACUACAUUAUGCUCCUUCAGUGCGGUCUUGGGCUGGGAAUCUCUACCGUCUGGGCGAUGCACUUCGUUGCGAUGCGCAGCGUUCACCUCUGGGGUGGGUCUGAAUCUGGUGGCGCACAGGAAAUUUCGAUGGGUUUCGACAAAGCAAUCACGUCAUUUUCUGCGCUGAUCGGCUGGAUGUUCUCAACGAUGGCAGUGCAUCUUGCUCAGGGCACGUCCCGCACAGGCCACCGGCUUGCGCUUUCGUCUGUCAUCUUGGCCGCGGGUAUCUUUUCUUUGCACUAUGUUGGCUUGCUUGCCGAAAGGGGUCCCUUCAUCAUCCACUACGAUGUAGGGAUGGUACUCAUGACUCUGGUGGUGGCUUUAAUUUGUUCAAUGGGAACCAUGGCUCUUUUCCAGCACCCUCCGAAGUCCACGAAAUGGCGCGUGGCCGGUGCUUGGCUGGUGGCUGCUCUUGUCUGCAGCAUGCAUUACAUAGCGCUUCUGCCACUGACGCACAAGACCCAUGCCUCUGGGUGGACAUGGAGCGUCAUCUGGGAGGCGGCGGAAGUUCGCGCUGAGGUACCCAUCAUUGUGUCCCUGCUGCUAGAUGUGCUUCUUAUGACGGGCAAUGCUUUCUACUUGGAGGUCAUCCAGGUCUUGGACAAAGCAGCCAGGGAGAGGGAACUUCAGCACGGCGACUUCGUGUCAGGGACAAAGCGGCUGAUGAAGCGCUGCAGGCAGAUGCAGUUCCCGAUGGCGGUGCUGCGAGCCAUUGACUUUAUGAAGUUGGGCAAGAUUGUGCAGCACGAGUGCCUCCGUGAUAGGAAAUUAUUAGUCAUGCUGGACACACCUGUAGCCGCUGCCAAGCUACGCAGGAAGGGCUGCAUCAUUUUCUUUUCUCAUCAGUGGCUCUCCGCCGACUUACCCGAUCCGGCUGGGCACCACUUUGACAACAUGACCAGAGCGAUUCAGGCGAUUGCACGCUCGCAGCGCUUGAAGACCGAGAACAUAUUUGUGUGGGUGGACUACUCAUGCAUCCCCCAGCGUUCCACAGAGCAGCAGCAGUUGGCAGUGAAUUCCUUGCCGGCCUAUGUGGCUGCGUGCUCUGAGUUUGUCGUCAUCGCUCCGCAGGUGCUGCAUGCAAGCACAAAAGCCCCCUGCAACUUUACAAGCUAUGCCAGCCGCUUCUGGUGCCGCUUGGAAGUGUUCUGCGCUCUCAUGUCUGCUAUGGCACAGGAGCAAGCGCAGCACAUUAGCAGUCUUAUGGCCAGCGGGGUGAGCAGCGCGGGCACAAUCAACUCCAUGUCCAACGAGUCACCAAACAAAGAGUCCGACGUGUCACUAGAAGACGACCUGUGCGACUUGUCUAAGCAAAGCAUGUACAUGGUUUGCGAGGGCAAGCUACAGCCUUUGGUUUUUUUGGGGCCCCACGGCUUGAAGGAAGACUUUGCAGAAUUGCUGAAUGUGUAUGGAGGAAGACUUGGCUGCUGCCAAAGGGGCCACAAGACUGAAUCUGGAGAGGAGAUUCUCUGCGACAAGGCCCGCGUGGUGGAAACUUUGACCGGGCUCUAUGGCACCAUGGUGGUGCGGCUCUUGAAGUUGCGCAAGGAGCGUGAAGGAGGGCGUCUCCAGCGGGGUUUCCUGCAGCUUGGAGACAUGCUGAUCCAGCAGCGCGAGGCCUUGUUCCCGGCCGAGUACUUCAGUACACGUAUACAAGCCGUGCAUGAGUUUUUGAGCCAGGAGUUGUGCCAGUCCAAAACACGCAAGGUAAGGAGCAAUGGGUCUGAAGGAACGAAUGGCUCAUUGACCAUGUCGGACGUCGAUCUGCUUUUGCAGGAGCUUGGCGCCGUCAUUGUCCCUGAGGAUUCGUCAGUCGCUCUCUCGGAUGCAGUUCUGGGCAGCUGUGGCAUAGGACCUUGGAGAGGUGAUGAAGAGGAUCCGCAGGAGCCGAGGAUGUUAAUUUAA